AUGUCACUCGGCUUACAGUCACCACACAUUUAUAGAUAUACCUUAGCUUCUUCAAAACUUGAGAAAAUGGGGAGCCACAAGCCUUACAUCGCAAUGGUGUCUGUGCAGUGUGUCUAUGCAGGCAUGGCCUUGUUCUCCAAGGCGGCCAUUGCCAAGGGCAUGAACCCUUUCGUCUUCGUCGUGUUCCGGCAAGCUCUCGCCUUCAUCGCUAUCUCUCCCUUCGCCUUCUUCCUCGAGAGGAAGGAGUCGGCGACUCUCACGUACGGCUUACUCUUCAAGAUCUUCUUGGUCGCCUUCUUCGGGCUCACACUAAGUUUAAAUCUCUACUGCGUGGCAAUCAACUACACAUCCGCAACUUUCGCGGCCGCCACAACCAACACCAUUCCGGCCAUUACUCUUAUCAUGGCCGUUUUCUUAAGGAUGGAGGGCAUUAGUGUGGGAAAGUGGCAUGGGAGGGCAAAAGUGGUGGGAUCGGUGAUGGGGGUUUCAGGGGCUUUGGUGUACGCGUUCGUGAAGGGCCCGCCCGUGAACUUGAUCAACUGGUCUUCUUCAGGACAUGCGAGGCAGUCGCCGCCGUCCGGCUCCACGGGCAUCGGCAACCACUCGAGCUCCAGAGAGUGGAUCAAGGGGUCUCUCAUCAUGCUCUCCGCCAACACCCUCUGGUCCUUGUGGUUGAUUUUGCAGGGUCCGAUCAUCAAGCAAUAUCCAGCCAAAUUGCGGCUAACCACUCUUCAGUGCUUCUUCAGCUGCAUGCAGUCAGCCUUUUGGGCCAUUGCCACGGAGAGAGAUCCAACGGCAUGGAAGCUCGGAUGGGACAUGCAGCUUCUCUCUGUUGUCUACUGUGGAGUGAUCGUGACGGCGAUCUCGUACUGGCUUCAAGUUUGGGCCAUAGAGAAGAAAGGCCCGGUUUUCACGGCGAUGUUCACUCCGAUCGCGCUCGUCAUCGCCGCCUUCUUCUCGGCAUUCUUGUGGAAAGAAACUCUCUUCUGUGGAAGUUUGGUUGGGGCAAUGUUGAUGGUGGGUGGGCUCUACUUUGUGUUGUGGGGAAAGAUCAAAGAAGAUGGAAACAGCAAGGAAGCGAAGGAUGACCCACGACCAGAAACAAAAGAGGAGGCCACGUCGGACUGUAUGGCCGUCUGACAUCGUAGGACUAUAAAUUGCCCCGUCGAUCCACAAAUUAGGGCACGAACUCGACCAUCAUGAUCCGAAUCCAUCUGAAUCAUCGAAUUCGAAAGGUGCUGUUGAAUACAAAGGAUCGAUCGACCAAAAUCAAUAACGCGGGACGAGUACCGUCUAUAUGCACCCGAUACAUGCAACAAGGUCGCCGAUGCCCAAAUUAGUAUGCGUGUGUUUUCGAUAUAUUUUUUUGUUUAUUUCUUUUCAGGUUUGCUAACAAUAUGUAGAUACGUGCAUGGGAAUGCGGAUGGUUCCACUAGAGAAUGUUGCCUUGGUUCGUUGUAUAUAUCAUGUCAAGAUGACAAAUGAUGUCAAUGAUUAUAAAUGUCAUUUACAUCCAUUCUCAGGUUUUGAACUU